AUGCAUCGCCUCAUACCCCAGCCCCCUCGGGGAGUAGCCGCACAUGACUUGAUUUCCAUACUGCCUGCCACGUGUGUUAGCGCUCGGUGUAAACCGGUGCUCAUGCAUCGGAGCAGCAAACUCCACUCGCAACCAGUCUGCUUCCUUGUGCCGUGUACCACCACGUCCUUCAGAACUCCUUUCUUUGCUGUGCGCGUGGGGUGUGAGCAAGGCAAGUGUCUUCACGGAGCCAGCUGUAAAUAUGCGCAUGCCCUCGGAGAGCUCGAAGUUGGAUCGACCCUUUCUCUUCGAGACCUGGCAACGAAGCAGCAACAGCAACAGCAGCAGCAGCAGCAACAGCAGCAACAGCAGCAACAACAGCAGCCGCUUAAGCAGCAGCAGCAGACCGAAGAGCACCCCAUGAUGGAGCACGUUCACUCGGCUGACGUUUGGACUGAAGUUCCUGCAAUGCUGCAGGUCCCCAAGAGUGCAGCCGCAGCAGCUCUACGAGAACAGCAGCAGCAACAGCAGCAGCAGCAGCAGCAGCAGCAGCAGCCAGUGGUGGACAUAGAGACCCUAUGGCGAAGACACGCCUUGCGUGCAACCCCCCCCCUCCCAUGCAAGUCUUCCUAA